AUUGCAAUUCCUGAUGUAGUAGAAGCUGCUAAAGAUGCAGAUAUUCUAACUUUUGUAAUACCUCAUCAAUUUAUAAAGAGAAUAUGUAGUAUAUUAUUGGGAAAAAUAAAGCCUACAGCUAUUGGCCUUUCUCUGAUAAAGGGCUUUGAUAAAAAGCAAGGAGGUGGUAUUGAACUUAUUUCACAUAUAAUUUCAAAACAACUUCACAUUCCUGUUUCAGUUUUAAUGGGAGCAAAUUUGGCUUCUGAAGUAGCAAACGAAAUGUUUUGUGAAACUACUAUUGGUAAAUUUUUAUGAAAUCUCUAAAAUAAAUAUUCUAUAUGUGC